CUCCAGCGCUAGAUUCAAACAGCUGAGCAGAGAAGUAACUGAGCAGAAGAAGAGUUCAGCAGAUUUCAACAAAUCUCCUUCUCCACUUUAUUAACAGUCAAGCUUCAUCGGACGGCCUUCUAGCAGCUCCUCCUCAUCGUCGGUGUUAGUCGUUGCAGUGUUUGAGAAAGAAGAAAAGAACAAAAUGAUGAGCAGCAGAGUCUUCGCCGCCUCCAUUGUGGUGCUCCUGGCCCUCCUGGCCACCAGUGAAGGGAUGAGUCUGAGAAGCCUGGGAGUGGAGCUGCACUGCCGCUGCAUCCAGACGGAGAGCCGAGACAUCCGCUCCCUCAUCAGUACGGUGGAGCUGAUUCCCGCCAACUCCCACUGCGAUGACACCGAGAUCAUUGCCACUCUGAAGAAGACCAGCCAGAAGGUCUGCCUGAACCCCAAAGUCCACUGGGUGAAGAGAAUGAUUAAGAGGUUCAUGUCCAACAGCAGACGCUGAAGUCUGAGCCGGCACAAAGCACCGAUGAAAAAAAAAAAGAACCAAAAAGUAUUUGUUGUCUUCCUAGCGGCCUCAUUUUUCGACACCGCUUAAUGUUCCGAGCGAGUGUGGGAAAAAGGCGACGUAAUUCAACCACUGAGGUUAUGUUUGUAUCAAACACCAUAUUUAUGAAGAAGCCUGCGCUUGUUUUGUGUGUCUCUUGUGCAUUUAAGGAAAUGUAAAACUGCACAACUGUUGUCUUGUCUAUAACUUAAGAGUCCAACAUAUUUAUUGGUGUAUUUAUGGAUUGUUAAUGUAUUGUCAAUGUGGAGCUCCGCUGACAAACUAAAUAAAAGAGUUUAUAUGGAA